GUCUAGACUCUCGGUUCUCUUACUAAAACCCUGUGAAUAUAAACCCCCAAACCAAAAACAAACAAAAAAAAGAGAGAAAACAACGAAAUGCUCCUUCGUGCUUCACUCUUCGUCCCUGCUUGUUCUCACACCUCUCUUAAUAAUCUCUUCCCUUCUUCUCUUCCAACAUUAACUUCCCCUCACCAAUGGCAGUUUCAGUUGCAUUUGAAACAGCAUAAUAGAAAGAGUCACGUUUUGUUGUCAAGCACAGACAACGCCAGUUACGAAGUUGGUGGUGGAUACACACACGAGGAGUUUGAUGCACAAUCCCUUAAUCAAAUGAUCCAAAAUCAAAACACCGAUACGGAUACGGAUACGGAUACAUCUUCUCAACGUGAAGCACUCCUUAAAGGAGGAGAACAAGUCAUCUCUGUUCUCCAAGAAAUGAUUACUCUUUUGGAAGACAUGGACAUGGAUGAAGAAUCUGAAAAAGUGGCAGUGGAGUUGGCUGCACAAGGAGUUAUUGGAAAGAGAGUUGAUGAGAUGGAAUCUAAUUUCAUGAUGGCCCUUGAUUACAUGAUCGAGCUUGCUGAGAAAGACCAGGAUGAUAAGCGCAAGUCACUGUUGGAAGUUAUCAAAGAGACAGUAUUAUCACAUCUUACAAAAAAAUGUCCACCCCACGUUCAAGUAGUUGGUCUUCUAUGUAGAACUCCCAAAAAGGAAAGCAGACAUGAAUUAUUACGCCGAGUUGCAGCUGGUGGUGGGUUAUUUAAAGGCGAGAAUGACUUGAAGAUUCAUAUCCCAGGGGCAAAUCUAAAUGACAUAGCCAACCAAGCUGAUGAUUUAUUAGAGACAAUGGAAACUCGUCCUGUUGUGCCUGAUCGAAAACUUCUUGCAAGGCUUGUUUUGAUUAGAGAAGAAGCUCGUGAUAUGAUGGGAGGGGGAAUUUUGGAUGAAAGAAAUAACCGUGGAUUAUAUACUCUUCCUCCGGCUGAGGUGAACUUCUUAGCCAAAUUAGUGGCUUUAAAACCUGGGAAAAUUGUGCUUGAUAUGAUAAGAAAUGUAAUGCAAGGAAAAGAUGAAGGUGCAGAUAACAUUGGCAACGAUGAUGAAGAUGACACUACUCAUAUGGCUUCAAGUGGAAAUGGUGGAAGGACAAGUGUGACAGGACAGAAGCCCCUUCCAGUACGCCCUGGGAUGUUUCUUGAGACUGUCACCAAGGUCUUGUCUGGUAUAUAUGCCGGAACUGACUCUGGCAUCACUGCACAACAUCUUGAAUGGGUUCAUCAAAAGACACUACAAGUGCUUCAAGAGAUAGCCUUUAGCUAGUCCUCUCCCUCACCUCACGCUCCCUGGUCAAAAGGUUUAAUGAGAAGUGGUUUUUUUUAAGGUGAAUUAGGAUGGCCCAUUCUGUAUCCACUUUUUUAGCCUCAUGUGCUGCCAAAAGACUUGGUAGGUUGUUUACAGGGAUAGCAUUACAGAUAGUAUAAAACAUUAGAACCACUGCCAAGUGAAUAAAGUAAAUUUCUUAUAUA